AUGAAGGAUAAUGAGGAAUCGUACAGGCGCCGAUUGACACGACAAGUGUCAAUGCACACAUUAAUUGGCUUCAACGAACUUAGACUAAAUGCCAAACUUUGUGAUGCGUCAUUGAUACUUGACAGUGGGGACGUUUUUCCAGUACACCGAUCUGUUCUUAGCGGAUCCAGUGACUAUUUCAGAAUUCUGUUCACUACAACUUUGCACGAAGGUGAAUUCACGAAAAUCAAUCUGAAAUUAGUCGACAGUCUUGCAAUGGAAUCUAUACUUCAAUAUAUAUAUCUUAGACAAGUGGACAUCACGUGUCACAAUGCUACAGAUAUUAUGAGAACAGCGGAUUACUUAGGAAUCGAAGGUUUGGUGCAGCUUUGUCAUGAAUUUCUCACAGAAAUAUUAACUCCCGACAAUUGUGUUAGCAUAAUGCAAUUUGCCGAUUAUUUUUACUUCGGAUCGUUAAAAGAAGUAGCAUAUCGAUACAUUAUAAGAGAAUUUAUGAACAUUGCGGAACAAAGCGACCAAUUACUGAUACUUACGCACGAGGAAUUCGGCAAAAUAAUCGAAGACAGUGAAUUAAACGUCAAGUAUGAAGAGCGAGUGUGGGAUAACGUAGUUAAAUGGGUCGACAAAGAUCCGGAAAAUAGAAAAGACAAUAUUGUACAUUUACUUUCCAAAGUCCGUUUCGGCCUCAUGGACUCACAGUAUUUUCUUGAAAACGUUAAGGAUAACCGUUAUGUACAAGGUCGGGCUGAUUGUAAACCCUAUAUAAUAGAAACACUGAAGUUUUUAUAUGAUCUCCAAUUAACAUCCAACACAACGAACUCAAUAGCACCGAUGUUGGCUAGACCUAGAUAUCCGUAUGAAGUUAUGUUCGCAAUUGGAGGUUGGAGUGGUGGCAGCCCAACCGGGUUCAUAGAAACCUACGACACUAAAUCCGACCGGUGGACUAGAGUGUACGAAGAAGAUCCGCUAGGACCGAGAGCCUACCACGGCACAAUUGUCAUAGAUCAUUAUAUAUACGUCAUUGGUGGAUUCGACGGGUUAGAUUACUUCAAUUCGUGUAGGAAAUUCAACACGCUCUCGAAAGUUUGGGAAGAAGUUGCACCCAUGAAUUGCCGAAGGUGUUAUGUCAGCGUUGCGUUACUGGAUGGUUAUAUAUACGCAAUGGGUGGAUAUGAUGGGCAUCACAGACAAAAUACGGCGGAAAAAUUUGAUUUACAGCGAAAUCAAUGGUCAAUGAUAGCGCCGAUGACAUUUCAAAGAAGCGACGCAUGCGCUACUAUUAUGAACGGUAAAUUGUUCAUAACUGGAGGAUUUAACGGCCAAGAAUGUAUGAACUCAGCUGAAACAUAUAAUCCAGACACCAACGAAUGGACGUUAAUUCCUCCAAUGCAUUCAAGACGUAGCGGCGUAUCUUGCAUAGCAUACCAUGGAUUUCUAUACGUCAUAGGAGGUUUUAACGGCAUAUCUCGUAUGAACAGUGGAGAGAAAUUCAAUCCGGUUACAAACACUUGGGCUUCGGUCGUGGACAUGAGCAAUCCGAGAAGCAAUUUUGCUGUCGAAGUUUUGGACGAUAUGAUUUUUGUGGUUGGAGGAUUCAACGGAGUCACGACAAUUGCCCAUGUAGAGUGUUACAACGACCGUACAAACGAAUGGUUCGAAGCUAGGAACAUGCAUAUUUUCAGAUCCGCCUUGUCAACGUGCGUUUUAAAAGGGUUGGCUAACAUCAAGGACUAUAUGCCUCCAGAUAGAGAUAGACUGUCAGAAGAAGGACGUAGAAAUAUUGAAAGGAAUAGCCGACAGAACAACAUAAAUGUCGCGAACGACGACUCAAGCAACGAAGUGGAUCCUGUUGAUGAGAAUCAUGACGUACUCGACCAAGCUAUUCAGGUAGACGAUCCAAUUUUUGAAAUGGACGAUGUUGACGAUGUCAUUAUAGUCGAUCCAUGAAAAAAUAUACAAAUGUAAAUUAAACAAAAAAAUAAAUUUCAAAUAAAUUUUUAGAAACUGCAGUUAUUAUAGCACUAAAUUAAUUUUAUCACAGUCGAAUACGUGAGUUUGGAUUAUAAUUUAUAUAUAUUGUGGUUUAAAACUAUUUCAAAUGUCUGUUAAAAGGCCAGUACAGUGGGGUCGGGGCAUAGUGGGGACCGGACUGGUAGUUGCAGAAAGGUCUACAGAUAUUAUUAUAACUGAUAGUGUUACCAAUCCUUUUCAUCAAAUGCAUUUAUUAUAUUUACUCUAUUUAUUUUAUUAGACAUCUCUCGUUCAAUGAGUAAAACAAAUAACUUAGAAAAUCUAUCUUGUGACAUCGUUGAUUUUUUAUAACUGAAUGUGAUGAAAUCACUUUUAACUAAACGCAUCAAUGCAAAUCUGUGGACAGUAGGUUCAAACCAAUACAGUCGAAACCAAGCACAGAUAAACCAGCACAGACAAAAAAUAUUAUUCGUAAGUGAGUAGUAGUAGCAAGUGAAUUAAGGAGUCCAAUGUUCACAGAUAAAAAUACAAAUAUCGAUAAAAGCUUUGUACCUAAAGACAAUUAAGUGCUUAAAAAUGAAUUUUUAGUAUAUUGGUGGAUACGAAUAGGGUUGUCUGUUUACAAAAUUGUAUUGCCACAGUUCUAUAGUAACCAUCUCAUGGUGGCAACGUAGUGCCAUCGUGGGCCAUGGCCUGUUAAGCU